CUUGGCCCGCGGAGCAGUGCUGCCAGGUACCGCAACAGAAUUCUCACCACCCAAAAAAAAUAAUACCUAAGCCACACAAAAUUUUCAGAUCAAAGAUCGUCGACUCGCACUUUGUGCCAUGACCCGAUCUUCAUUGUCCCCGUCAAACCAAGCGCCUCGCUCGCCUGGGUCUCUCACAGACCUUCUCCCCCCGACAUUCCUCCUUUAAAUCACCAGCUAUCCCUCAAAUGUCUCUCCUAAUGACCAGAUAGACCACUGCUUCACACCACCAGCACCCAUGGCUGCCCAAGUCAACGGUGCUUGGGCCCCCACCCGCAUCUCCAUCCUAGGGUCUGACUCCAUCAUCGUCGACCACGGCAUCUGGUGGCAUUUCGUCUCCGACGACCUCCUCGUGAACCUCAAGUCCUCCACCUACGUCCUCAUUACCGACACGAACCUCCGCGAUCGCUAUGUGCCGCCCUUCCGGCGUCUCUUCCGCGAGGCCGCUGAGGACCGGGAAAUCUCGACUCGCCUACUCACCUACACCAUCCCUCCCGGCGAGACCUCCAAGAGCCGCGAGACCAAGGCCAGCAUAGAGGAUUGGAUGCUGGCCCAGAAAUGCACCCGGGACACUGUCAUCAUAGCCCUGGGCGGCGGUGUCAUCGGCGACAUGAUCGGCUACGUCGCCGCUACCUUCAUGCGCGGUGUCCGUUUUGUCCAGGUCCCCACCACCCUCCUGGCCAUGGUCGACUCUUCGAUCGGCGGCAAGACCGCCAUCGACACCCCCACCGGCAAGAAUCUCGUCGGUGCCUUCUGGCAGCCCCGUCGCAUCUAUAUAGACCUCGCAUUCCUCGAGACGCUCCCCGUACGUGAAUUCAUCAACGGCAUGGCCGAGGUGAUCAAGACCGCUGCCAUAUGGGAUGAGACCGAGUUCGCCGCCCUAGAAGAAAAUGCUGCUCUGAUCCUGGCUACAAUCCGAUCCAAGACGGCUAACCCCCGCGAGAGGUUACUGCCCAUCCGUGCCAUACUGAAGCGCAUCGUCCUCGCUUCCGCCCGCGUCAAGGCCGACGUCGUCUCCCAGGACGAGAAAGAGGGCGGCCUGCGGAACCUGCUCAACUUUGGCCACUCUAUUGGCCACGCGAUCGAGGCCAUCCUCACCCCCCAAGUCUUACAUGGCGAAUGUGUAGCUAUCGGGAUGGUUAAAGAGGCCGAACUUGCUCGUCAUCUCGGCGUGCUGCGACCGGGCGCGGUGGCCCGGCUGGUUAAGUGUAUCGCGAGUUACGACUUGCCCACCUCCCUCCAUGACAAGCGUAUCGUAAAGUUGACCGCCGGAAAGCAGUGCUCCGUAGAUGUCUUGCUUGAGAAGAUGGCCGUAGAUAAGAAGAACGAAGGGAAGAGCAAGAAGAUCGUGCUCUUGUCCGCCGUAGGGAAGACUCAUGAACCCCGAGCCAGCGUAGUCGGGGACAGCGACAUACGAAUCGUCCUAUCCCCGGCCAUUCGUGUCAGGCCGGGCGUGCCCAAAGAACUAGAUGUCGAGGUAACUCCUCCGGGGUCAAAGAGUAUCUCCAACCGGGCCUUGGUGCUGGCUGCGCUGGGUCAGGGGACUUGUCGGGUCAAGAAUCUCCUCCACUCUGAUGACACCGAAUACAUGCUCUCGGCGAUUGCGCGACUCAACGGCGCCUCGUACUCGUGGGAGGACGCCGGCGAAGUCCUCGUGGUCACGGGAAGGGGCGGCAAGCUGGAAGCGAGCGAAGAGCCUCUCUACCUCGGGAACGCGGGCACCGCUUCUCGUUUCUUGACGAGCGUAGUCGCUUUAUGCUCUCCCUCUAGUACGAGUUCGACCGUUUUAACCGGGAAUGCGAGGAUGAAGGACAGGCCUAUCGGGCCGCUCGUUGAUGCUCUGCGAUCGAAUGGCGUCGAUAUUAAAUAUCUCGAGAAGGAGAAGAGUCUGCCGGUGCAGGUCGACGCGGCCGGUGGCCUUCCCGGAGGCGUUAUCGAGCUGGCUGCCACCAUAUCAUCUCAAUACGUCUCGUCCCUUCUCAUGUGCGCGCCGUACGCCAAGGAACCCGUUACUCUCCGCUUGGUUGGCGGCAAACCCAUAUCACAGCUUUACAUAGAUAUGACCAUUGCCAUGAUGGCGUCGUUCGGCAUCUCUGUUGCAAAGUCACCUGAUGAGCCAUACACCUACCACAUCCCCCAGGGUGUGUAUACGAACCCCGAAGAGUACGUUGUCGAGAGCGACGCAAGCUCGGCAACGUACCCCCUCGCUGUAGCUGCCAUAACCGGAACGACGUGCACGAUCCCGAACAUUGGCGCAAAUUCGUUACAGGGAGAUGCUCGUUUCGCGACGGAUGUGCUGCGCCCGAUGGGGUGUACCGUAGUACAGGACGGAACAUCGACCACUGUGACCGGUCCGGAGCCAGGUGGCUUAAAGGGCAUCGAGGUCGACAUGGAACCCAUGACCGAUGCCUUCUUGACCGCCUCAGUUCUCGCAGCCGUCGCGUCGGGCGAGACGCGGAUUACCGGAAUUGCCAACCAGCGCGUCAAGGAGUGCAACCGCAUCGCAGCGAUGAGGGAGCAGCUCGCGAAAUUCGGCGUUGGGUGCAGAGAGCUCGACGACGGCAUCGUGGUGUCGGGCAGAAAGUAUACGGAACUUUCGUUGCCGAGAGAGGGCGUCUUCUGUUACGAUGACCACCGCGUAGCGAUGAGCUUCAGCGUUCUAUCCGUCUUGGCAACUGGUCCCGUUCUGAUCCUCGAGCGCGAGUGUACUGGCAAAACAUGGCCUGGCUGGUGGGACGUGUUGGCUCGGUCAUUCCAUGUCGGCCUAAGGGGCGAGGAGGCCGUCCCGGCCGUCCACGACAAGACAAAACAACCUGACGUCGGGCCUACCAUCUUCGUGGUCGGUAUGCGAGGCGCUGGGAAGACCACCGCCGGUCGUUGGGUGGCUGAUAUACUCGGGCGUCCUUUUAUUGACCUCGACCACGAAUUAGAGCUUCGUGCUGGUUUAACGAUCCCUCAGAUUAUCCGGGAGAGCGGCCGCGGUUGGGAAGGCUUCCGGAGCGACGAGCUCGAGCUUCUGAAAGACGUGCUGAAGAAUAAAGGCAAAGGUCAUGUCUUCUCAUGCGGCGGUGGUAUCGUUGAGACCCCCGAGGCGCGACAGCUACUCACUUCCUACCAUCGCAACGGUGGUGUGGUACUCCUCGUCCAUCGCGAUAUCGAGCAGACGGUGGAAUAUCUGAAGCGUGACAAGACCCGCCCUGCGUACACGGAAGAGAUACGGGGCGUGUAUGAGAGGCGGAAACCCCUUUAUCAGGAAUGCAGCAAUUACGAAUACCACAGCCCUCACCUCGAUUCACCCCAAGGUCUCGGCGGCCCUCCUGCCGACUUUGUCCGGUUCAUCUCAGCGAUCAGCGGUAGAAGUACGCAUUUCGAGGACGUUAAGGAGAAGCGAGAGUCUUUCUUCGUAUCGCUCACCGUCCCUAGCGUAGCAUCGGCGCUCAACGUUGUUCCGCAGGCGGUCAUCGGUUCGGACGCUGUCGAAUUGCGCGUCGAUCUGCUCAAGGACGUAUCGCCGGAAUCGGUAGGGAAGCAGAUAUCUCUCCUGCGCUCAGUAGCGAAGAUACCGAUCAUCUUUACUGUACGGUCCGUGUCUCAAGGGGGCCGUUUCAGCUAUACGUCCGAGGAGCAGCUGCUCCCGCUCUAUCGAGCGGCCAUACGCACGGGUGUGGAGUACGUAGACCUCGAGAUGACACUUUCGGACGACACUUUGGAUGCCAUCAUCCAGUCUAGAGGCGGUGCCACACGCGUCAUUGCAUCCCACCACGACCCGGAGGGUGCCUUGUCGUGGAAGGACGGCAGCUGGCAGAAGUGGUACAACCGCGCGUUGCAGUACGGCGACGUUAUCAAGCUAGUAGGGGUCGCGAAAACGAUAGAAGAUAACUUCUCGCUAGCCAGCUUCAGGGAUAGGAUGUAUGCUGCCCACGCAAAGCCUAUCAUAGCCCUCAACAUGGGCACCAUCGGCAAGCUCUCUCGCGUGUUGAACGGCUUUCUGACGCCCGUCUCACACCAAGCAUUGCCAUUCAAAGCGGCACCCGGUCAGCUGUCAGCUGUCGAGAUUCGCGACGGCUUAAGCUUAAUCGGGGCAUUGGAACCUAAGAAAUUCCGCCUGCUCGGGAAACCCAUCUCGGCGUCGCGGUCUCCGGCUCUGCAUAAUGCUCUGUUUCGCCAGAUGGGACUACCCCAUCAGUACUCCUUGUACGAAACCGACACUGCCGCAGACGUGCGAGAGCUGAUUCGAUCCCCCGACUUUGGCGGUGCGUCGGUCACGAUCCCCCUCAAGCUCGACAUUAUGAAGUUGCUCGAUGAGAUUUCAGAACCGGCAAAGAUUAUCGGCGCCGUCAACACGAUCAUACCGAUACCUUCGAACGAUGGGUCGUCGCCGCACCUGCUCGGCGACAACACGGACUGGAAAGGCAUGACCCACUCUCUGGACGAUGCUGGGUUGGUAUCACCCACUAAAGCGAACCCGAGCAGCGCGAUGGUGGUGGGCUCGGGCGGAACCAGCAGGGCGGGCAUCUACGCGCUGCACUCCCUCGGUUACAGCCCGAUCUACAUCGCGGCGCGAAAUCCCGCCGCAGUCGCCUCGCUCCGCUCAUCUUUCCCCAGCGAUUACCACAUCGAGCUGAUAACGGAGACCAGCACUAUUUCUCGGUCGCCGAGCGUCAUCGUCAGCACGAUACCCGCCGAUAAACCGAUCGACAAGUCGAUACUGAGGACACUCCGAUCCGUCCUGCGGCAACCUAAGAAGACGGAAGGGCCGCGGAUCCUGCUAGAGAUGGCCUACAGGCCUCGGCGCACGCCCGCGAUGGAGCUGGCCGAGAGCGCGGGCUGGGCUACUAUUCCCGGCCUCGAGGUCCUCGCCUCGCAGGGCUACUACCAGUUUCAGCUCUGGACGGGCAUCUCCCCGCGGUUCUCGGACGUGCGCGCGUUCGUUAUGGGCGACGACGCGGCUUCGCAGAGCCGACAGCCCGCAGGCACCGGAUACCGGGAGGUCCUGGCGCCUCUCGUCUACGCGGCGGCAGGGGCCGGCGCCGCAUUGGCCUGGUCGCGGUGGUUAUCGAGGGCUAGCUAGGUGGGCGUGUGGUGACACAGCGCAACGCCGCGACGGCUACGCCAGCGCCUCGCGCGUUGCGGCCGGGGAUAGGGAAUUUUGCGUUGUAGACCAAUCUGCAUCAUGUAUCUACUCGUGC